AAGGCUUUCCCGUUACGGGCAGAAUGUUGCGAAAUGGGGAUGAGGUGUAGGACAAUGGCGAUUCCAAAUUCCCGUGGAGGAAAGGUUUGCUGUUGAGAGCGAACGCAGAAGAAGGCAGAAAAAGUUGUGGAUGAGGGUCGAGGUGUAGGGAGAUCCGGUUUCCAAUUAAAGAAGGGUUUCCUUCCUCGAUUGGAAAGAGCAAGAACGAACGAAAGGAAGAGGACGCGGAAAGUUGUGGAUGAGGGAGGGCAUGUGGAGGACGGGGCGAUUUGCCUUUUGCCCCAUGUUUGUCUUAGCUCGCAUUCUGCGGAAGGGUUCGAAGGCUGUGCCAGUUGGGCUCGUUGUCCGGAUCAUAACGGAAAGGACCCGAGCUAGUUGCAUGUCCACCAGUUCCCAGAUUUGUGUGACGAAGGUCGAGGAGAAGUCGGGGUUUAGGGUUCUUUGCCAGCAGGGGCGUGGGUGGAUGUGAGAAGCAUAUAGAAACAAUAUUGUGCCAGUUGGUUCUGCCGUCUGGAGUAAACUGUCACCUCUGGAGAAUUGCAUGUCCUGGCUUGUCAUUGAUCGCAAAGUUCAAAGGCCUCAUCUUACGUCUGCUCAGAUUUUUCCGGGCUCGCAAGGCUCAGCAGCGUCCAAAUUUGAGCGCAUGAACUGCCACGGAUGGAGGAGGAAGUAUUCUCCCCUCUCUGCUGUCGCUGCUUGUGUUUCCCAGUUAGGAUCCACGCUUUGUCCUCUCGCUGUGGAGGUAGGAGUGCCUAGGACACGACCCUAUCGCACCUUUCCCUGCCAUCGCCUGUCUGCCAUCGCCGAUCCUUUGAUCAUUCCUUGUCAUGACAUGGCAUGCCAUGACAUGCUCCCGUCUGUUCUGCAUGGAAUGGGCAAACCAUUCGGCGAACCGGGAAAAAUCAGGCAAGAAUUUCGUAAUCAACUUAAUCAUCCGCUUUCAGCUUACCUCCGGUGCGCUGCAUCCUCUACAAUCUCCGGUUUUUUUUCAUAGUGGUUUUCGCAAGGUUUUCAGAGAUCUGAUCUUUCCUUUUCCUGCGGUUGUCGCUUCCUCUGGGCCCUACCUUUGGCAUGCUAGACCGUGGGCUGCAUCGUCCAACGAGCUUAACGAACAAUUGCUGCAUUGAUCCAUCGAUUCGACCUUAUUGCGGUCGAAUCUACCUAAGUUCAUCCCCAAGGGAGUAGCCUGGCUUGUUGUACUUCUCGGAGUUUGUAUAUAAAAAAUUAGUUCCUAUCUCGACACCUCUUUGAGUGCAACAAUGCCUAAUUAUGGCCUAUUUUUUCUGCACUAGUGACUCAGUUAUCACGAGUGCAGAAAAAGCACUUGCAACGAAUAUGUACGAAGAGAGUUGACCGUAUGACUUGAGGAUGAG